AUGGCACAUGAUCCACAGAAAGAGUUUGACCAAGAGCCUGAUUGCUUGAAAGCUAAGAAACUUGGCUGCUUCGAUUUAGGUAGCGAGAAAGAUAGGUUUGUGAAUGCUAAGUGGAAGAACGACUUCUUGAUUGAUGAUGUGUUGGGUUUGGGGACUGGGAAGAUCCGGAUCGGGUUGGAUCUUAGCGGUGGAUCAGGGACGUUCGCAGCUAGAAUGGCUGAGAGGAACGUGACUGUAAUCACUAACACGUUGAACAAUGGUGGUCCGUUUAGCGAUUUCAUAGCUGGAAGAGGGUUGUUCCCUUUGUUCUUGAGUUUAGACCAUAGUUUUCCUUUCCACGACAAUGAGUUUGAUCUUGUCCCCGGUUCUAGCGGGUUAGAUGUUGAGGGGGAACCAGAGAAGCUAGAGUUCUUGAUGUUUGAUCUUGAUCGGGUUUUGAAACCCGGUGGGUUGUUCUGGUUGGAUAACUUUUACUGCGGUAGUGAGCUAAAUAAAGAAGAAAGAGCUUGCACGUUUGAUAGAGAGGUUUGGGUAUAA